AGGGCGGGGGAGCAGUGCAGAUAGCAUAAUGAGAGGAAGCAAGAGGAGUAAGAGUGAUUAGGGAUGAGAGCCAGCCUGCGAGAGAAUCAGAAAGGGGAGGAAGGUUUUGAAUCACGAUUUUUGUGAACUUGUCUUCACUAAUGUAGCACAGAUGGAGGUCGUGCUUCUCACUCACAUUGUGGCAGACUCAUUCUUGAGCAAAAUAUUCUGAAAGUAAUCACUGCUAAGCAACGUAUACCCCAGUCACUGCAAGCUGGCUCUAGCAUUCCAGAUAUUGUCGCUCCUGAGGAUCGAAUGAGAGCUGUCCUUCUCUUAGGGUGCCCUUCAUGUGAGGUCAGAAUUAGUUGCCGGCUGAGGAUUACGUAAGAGGCACAGAUGAAAGGAACCGAAGCAGAAGUGGCUGUGGGUAGUUCUGACUUCUGAUGACGAGAAUUUCUUUGUCGCGUGGACAUUUCACUGCGACUCCGGAAUAUUUGGAUGUGUUAAGAAGCUGUUUCUGUCUUCUUGGCCACAAUGAUUGGUCCCUGGAAGAAGCAGCUCUCUCUCUCCCUGCCCCCGGAUCCUUCCCGGCUGCACACACCCAAUCCAGCAUGGGAUCCGCCCCGCGUUGAAGGAGAACACGCCGAACAGGAAAUGCUUUCCAGCCUGGAAUACUCUGAAGGGUGACCCAGGAUCACAAAACCGGAGGCAGGGAGGCUGAGGCAGCGCUUGCAGAAGCCCCGGAGCCCGCCCCCGUGGAGGGCAGCAGCAUGUUCCGGCUGAUGAGGGACGGGGAGCCGGAGGACCCCAUGUUCGCUAUGGACCCUUUUGCUAUCCACCGGCAGCACAUGAACCGCAUGCUUUCUGGAAGUUUUGGAUUUGGCCCAUUGCUUGGUAUCACUGAUGGAACCACGCCUGGGGCUCGUCAGGCUGGCCGCAGGAUGCAGGCAGGAGCUGUUUCACCCUUUGGGAUGCUGGGCAUGGCAGGUGGCUUCAUAGACAUGUUUGGCAUGAUGAAUGACAUGAUUGGGAACAUGGAACAUAUGACAAGUGGUGCAAACUGCCAGACAUUUACCUCUUCAACUGUCAUCUCUUAUUCCAACCUGGGUGAUGGGCCCAAAGUCUAUCAGGAGACCUCAGAGAUGCGUUCAGCACCUGGCGGGAUUCGUGAGACCAGGCGGACCGUAAGGGACUCAGACAGUGGCUUGGAACAAAUGUCUAUUGGGCACCACAUCAGGGAGAGAGCACACAUCAUGCAGCGAUCCCGGAACCAUCGUACAGGUGACCAGGAAGAAAGGCAGGACUACAUCAAUAUGGAUGAAAGUGAUGCAGCUGCUUUUGAUGAUGAGUGGAGGAGAGAGACAUCCCGCUUCCGGCCACAGCGAGGGCUGGAAUACCGGCGUCACGAAGGCAGCAGCAGCCGCCGGGCUGAAGGGACUCGUCUUGCAAUCCAGGGCCCUGAGGAUUCUCCCUCCAGACAGUCCCGUCGAUAUGACUGGUGAAUGCAGAGCAGACCUUGUUGGGGGUGCAACAUGGUCACCCCCAAAUCUACCUACGCAUUCUUGUACAGACAGUGAAACUCUGAAGCCCCUUCAAAGCACCACUUGGACCCUUCUCAAAUUUAGUAUUAACCUCCCUGCCACUUAAGAAUUGAAAUAAAGCAACUAAUCUUCUGCAUUGCCUUUUUUUUUUUUUCUGCCCCAUUUGGGUGCUGCAGUGGUUCGUGGAGAAACUCACUAAUGUGCAAGGAACACAUUAAUCAACCAUUCCCUUUCUGCUCUCCUUUGGUUCUGUUCUUUCUGCCAGUAGUGGUGGGCAUGAGGAGCUGCCACCUUGCUGCUUCUGUCCUUUCCACUCUUUCUGUGGUGGGUUGGGCUGGUUAUGAAGUUUGUGUUUAGUCCCCUAUGAAAGAAAGAUGAGGGAAUCCUGCUAGACCCCCCCUAUGUUAGUCCCCUCACAGGGACAAAGGCUUCUAUUCCCUUCCUGAAUUCUUGGUACAGCUACAGAGUAGCUGAAGGAUGUGUUUUAGAGAGGUGAGGAGCAGAACAAAAGCUGGAUAGCUUGUGCCCUCCCCUCCCCUACAUCUCUUCAGUUGGCUCCCCCACUUUUUUAAUUUGUGAAACUUGUAACUAGAUGUUUACUGAAUAAAGAAACAAACUGUAAAGAA